AUGGUAUCAGAGCCCAAGGUAGGCAUAGUUGAUAAGCUGAAGAAGCGGGCCAAGAAAGUGUUGGAGAAAAUAAACCAGAGGACCCUAUUUGCACCAUCAACCAUUGUAGCGAUUGUUGGUUUUGUAGUAGGACUAGUCCCUGCAAUGCGAAGAUUAAUGAUUGGUGAAGGUGCACUUGUUCAUGUGAUACAAGACGCUGCAUUGUUGAUUGGUGAUGGGUCCAUUCCCUCUGUAACACUUGUCAUAGGAGGAAAUCUCCUCAAAGGUAGAUUUAUGGGUCAUAAGCCACUUGUUUUUGGUGUUAUUGUUGCUCGAUAUGUAGCACUACCUAUGAUAGGCACUGCUAUUGUAAAAGGGGCCAUACAUAUUUCCCUUACUCCUCAACAUCCAUUGUAUCAAUCUGUACUUUUGCUUCAAUACGUAGUUCUACCAGCAAUGAAUAUCUCUACAAUGACCCAAUUGUUUGGAGCUGGGAAGAACGAAUGUUCAGUAAUUCUGUUGUGGGCCUAUAUUUUAGCUUCGUUUGCACUCACUUUUUGGUUGACAUUUUUCAUGUGGCUGGUCACUUGAACUCAAGAAUUCUCUUGUUUUUUUUUUUUGACAAUGGAUAAAACAAAUAUAUAAAAGGGAGGAAAGAAAUUAGAUUUUCCUUGCCUUAACAGCUAGGUUAUGUGCUAAUUUAACUUCCUCUCUACUUACCUUAAUACAAGAAACAAACAUGAAGCUAUUAGCUAGUCGCUUUAUGUCUUUUAUUAUGUUAUCUAUGUUCUUAUUGGUUCCAUUCUGAUUACUUAGCGCAAGAAUGACUUCCUUAUUAUCUGUUUUGAUGAGCAAACCCGAGCAUCUCCACUCCAUGUCUGAUAGCGCUUUCAAUAUCGCGUAAGCUUCCGUUUGUUCUGCAUAGUUGGCAUAAAUUUUUAUUGCUGACUCUUCUCUU